AUGUCAUAUUCUGUUAAACAAAAAGUUGAAUUAGCAGCAGAAGCUGCUCAUCUUAAACAACUUUUAAAAGACCAAGAAAAAGAACUCGAACAAUGGAAAGAAAUUUAUACAAAGUUGCUUGAAAAAAUAGGAAAUAUUAAAAAUAAUAUUACUAAUGCUGUUAAAGAAGCUCUUCCUGAAAUAUUAAAUGAAGCACUCAAAGACAUUAAUAUUGGUGAUGAUGUUAAAAAAACUAUAAAUGAUGAAAUGACAAAACUAAAAAAAGAAGCAGAAGAAGCAAAUAAAUUAUAUCUUGAAGAAAAAGAAAAACUAGAAAAAGAAAAAGAACAUCAUAAUGAAACAAAAAAAGAAUUAGAAGAAGCUGAAAAAGAACGUGACAAACUUAAAGAAAAAAAUAAAGAAGAACAAAAAAAAUAUAAAGAACUUGAAGAAGAAAACAGAAGAUUAGAAAAAAUUAUUGAAAAUCUUAAACAAAAACAUAAAAUAGAAAUUAACUAA